UUCUAGACGGUAUUUUGACGUUCAAUUAUUAAAACAAUAAUUGCACCGUCGAUGCAUAUUUUUGCCAAACAAUUUAAUGAAAAGAUCUUAUUGCAGUUUUUUUAGAGAAUUUCUGAAAAAGAGCUUAUAUUUUGAUGGAAAAACCAGUGUCGUGUAUGCUGUGGAAUAUUGAAUUUAAUUAAUCGUGGCAAAGUGGUUAGAGAUAGUUUAUACAUCACCAAUGUAUUUAUUCCAUUUUUUACUUUGACAGAACCAGAAUCGCUUUUGUUGUUUGCCGACCAUUGGUUGGAGUUGAACGGGUCCGAUAGUGACUUUUGAAGAAGGGAUCAGUGGCUAUUGGUUUCUGUGACUCCAAUGCUCUUUUUUUGUUCACCGCCAUGAGGUACUUUAAAUGUAAACGAUGCUAUUCACUCGUUCACGAAACACGUAUUGUCCGACAUCAUACCAAGGUGCAUCCAAAUGUACCCCAUGAAUAUUACGUCGAUAAUUACUUUGAUUUCCAUCGCGAACUGCAUAAGUGUAAAUAUUGUUCGUGUAAAUUGCCGUUGAAACAAUUGAACAAACAUCUGCAGCGUGCACACCUCAACAUAAACCAUGUGUUCAAACCAAAUUCGUUGCUGUUUGAACGUGCACUCAAAGUGCUGGAUUCAGGCAUUACAACAACGACCAUUGAAAUAAGUAGCGACUCCGAAAUAGAAUUCGAUCAAUUAUUCGAAACCAAAACAUCAGUGGAUGUGGCCAUUCAAUGUGAAUUGAUUCCAAAUGACACGGAAGGUGCAUGUAAAGAGCCAGAUUCAAACAUUCAAGCACCAACAAUUGACACGAUCAGCGUUGAAUCAAUUGGCAGUGGGUGUGUGUCCAAAGAUUCAUCAGUGGAUCCGGCCAUUGGUCAGCCCCAACAUGGUGAAGUAAGCACAGUCAUCGAAACCAAAGAGAUCGCCACACAAACGUCAUCAGUCGAAAAAUGUGAACAAUGUAAAAUGGAAGAAGCGACUGAAAACAGAAUGAACAUCCAAAGAGCACAAAAAUCAAUGGAACCAACUGAAAAACGUAUGCAAUUGAGCAUAGAAAUUGAUGAUGGAGAACUUCUAUUGGUUUUAAAUUAGCGUGAAUUGGACCGAUUAAAAUUGAAAUCUUUAUGACAAAAUAUGAAAAAAAUGUAAAAUAAUAUAUAUGUAUCUGGCAUUAAGCUCUCAAGCUGUCCAAACAAAUUCAAUUAAUUUCAUUUCGAUACAUAGUCAGUUCCAGCAAUUCUUACAUAUAAAUAAGAAAAAUAAUGUUCCAAAACGAGUAACAUUUGGAAACAUCUAUUAAGUGGAUAAUUUA